UUUGAUCUGAAAACAUAUGAAUGUAUUCCCUAAACAGUAUGUACGACGAAGAAAUAAUAUUACCUUGUUAUGUGUGCCAGUACAUUUAUUUGUAGUGGCUAAAAAGUUUGUAUGAUAGAAGCCAAUAAAAAGGAAAAAAAUAAGAAAAACAUCUAAGAUGUCAGCUGACGUCUGUGCAGUACUAGGCACAGAAGUUUCUGAAUGUUUAACAGCUGUAGUAGAGAAGCAUGGCUCUGAUGGAUCAGGAUGCACGGUACUGGACUGUCUGGCUGCACGAGACUUGCUGUCAGGAGAUCGUGCUGUUUGCCUUGUGUGCUUGAUGCAUACCCCAGUGCACCACCGUAAUGUGUUGGCACGCCUUGGUGUCCCCAAACCAGAAACACAUGCAGCUUUAUAUUUUGUUGAUGCCCUUUCACAGCUGGGCAGCAUUUCUGGUUGCUCUUCUGAUGACCUUUUCUCACAGGUAAUGAAGGUCGUUGCUUCAGCACAAGUUUCUGGUAUAUCUCACUUGAGCCUAAUAUUGGAUGAUGUAAGUGUGCUGCUUGAUGUCGGCUGGGAUUUGCAGCAAGUAAUAAGUUUCUUAAGCCGUCUUCGUUCUCUAAAAUUGGCAUCCAUGGCAGUUCUCACACACACUGCAGGUGCAGACACACUGACAUCUCUUCUAGCAGCUGCCCUGAUUCAUUCAUCAGAUACAGCAGUUUCAGUAUUGCCUCUAAGUACUGGUGUGAGUGCUGAUGUUUCAGGAACAUUAAUUAUACGACAUCUGCAACAACCGAAUGAUACGCCACAGACAUUCCAUUUCAGACUUAUGGAUAGGCAGGUGAAAGUCUUUGCUCCAGGCAGCAUUCGUUGAGCUUCUAUAAGAUGAUGAUAAAGAAGGUGUAACAGUUGUAAAGAUUGAUUCCAAAAAUAAGAUAGAUCUGCAGUCUAUGUGACCUUGCACAAUAAACCAGUGACUAAGUUUCAA